AUGGAAAUAGGAUCCAUUAAUCCAACACAAGACACUUUCGAUAAAAUUACCUCCAUUUCACUACGAACUUCCUCAUACAAUCCAGUGCCAUCAUCAAUAUACACAAAACCGCACAAAAACCUCACUUUUUCAUACGUAAACAGUAACGCGAAAUCAUUUCAAAUCGGGAAACUCGGAGAGAAUGAUACUUAUCUGAUUGGGAGUCUACGCUUGGACUAUCCACAGCUAAGACAAAUACGAAAUGUUAUAUUGCAAUUAAAGGGCAUCGAGAAAACUUGUUGGUUUAAACCGCAAGCACGUUCAAAAUCGGCUAACAGUGCUGAACAAGUAUUAAUUGAGAAAGCUUUUCGGAUAUUCUCGGCGGACGAUGGGCAAGAAAUGCAAUCUUCUGAUCUACCAUUCAAGGUGAAAUUACCUCAUAAUCUUCCGGAAUCAAUUACCACUGAUAUUGGAAGUAUAAAGUAUUUCUUGCGUGCUACCGUGAAUAGAAAAGGAGUUAUUGGUAACGCUAAUAUUGUGGAAGUUGAAUGUGAACUAAAGAAAACAAUUAUACUAGACAUUGAACGCGAUCCACCAUAUCAAUUACGAGGUGAAUCUCGUAAUGGAUUAGAAUAUGCGUUUAUUUUGCCACCAUUCAAACACUUUAAAAUUGGAUCAUUUGUAUCGAUUCCAAUGCGGAUUCGUUUUCUUCGACCCAAUAUUCACGUUGAUCGAGUUCAAGUUUCUUUGGUAAAAUUUAUGGACUUUAGAUGUACUAAUCCAAAUGAGGCACGGCACAUAAAACAAGAAGUUGCUUCGUUGACUAUAGCACGAGAAGAACUUCGAUCUAUCCAAAAAACGAAUUUAGAUUGUGAAUGUGUGCAUACGAUAAAUUUGUUCAUUCCUCGAGCUACAUUGCCAACAAUUUCCACAAGAUACAUUUCAAAUUCCUAUCAACUGUCAAUAAAGUUGUGCUUAGUUGACGAAAUAGAUUUGCAAAUUGAUGAAAUUGUUCGCCUUGCAUCCAUAUUAGAGACCAAUAAUCGAACAUCAACUUCCGAGUCGCAACAAAUUUUGUCACGUCAAGUGUUUGAUACUUUUGAUCAGCAAAAAGCUUCACGAUUACAACAUCAAACAUCGAUCUCUACCUUUGGUACUCUUUCGAUUACGUCCAAUGAUGGCGAACCAAUGACACCACCAAAUGAGCCUUCCUCACAAUCCGCUCCUAGUCAAAAAUUAUCAAUUAAAGCUCUGAGACGGAUUUCAAGUGAUGAAUAUUUCACGUCCUCACCUUACCCGACUGCACUUUCACCGCCACCUUACCAUAAACCAACAUCACCCGCUGCAUCUCAUUUGAUAGAAAGGUCAGGUAUAUUUCAAUGA